UUGAAUCGGAUCGAAAAAUGCUGAUAGGUGAGCGAGGGCUGAACGGAAUGCAGCUUAUCUCCGAAGCGUGCAGUUGCGGGGCACAUUCACCCCACUUUCCGUCUUUACUACGGGAAUCCUUCACGACAGCCCAUCACAUAGGCCAACAUGCUAUGGAGACUCGAACAGGCAGGUCAGGCAUCAUGUCUCAGUUGUUCCUGCAUAGUGGAUCCUUCGCUCGAAAGCGACUGAUUGAUCAAUGUGACUCAUCCAUGAAAGUUUACAUUUCAGCCCUCAACCCUUCCAUCACUCCUAUUCAUCACACAUUCCCUUUCAUCAUCAAAUAUCCUUCCUCUUCUAUCUUGUCUUAGUUGAAUCCAUUUAUCGUCUCGCAUCUCAGCCUCCACAUCCCCACUCUGGACAAAUAAUGCCGCUUGAACUCCACCCCAUCACAACCUCAGACACCCUCAGCUGGACCCGCAUCCGCAUGCUCGCCUACCUCGGCCCCACCCACGAGCUCAUCCACGGCGGCCAGCCCAUCUCCGAAUCUUCCAUCCAGGGCGUAGCACGGGACCGCGUCAAGGAACUCGGCAAACGCAACACCUGGCACUGGAAGAUCGUUGACACCGACUUAUCGCCCAGUGGAGACGAUCCGGAAGGAAAUAGCGGCAGGACGAUUGCGAUCGCCGUGUGGAGUGCGCAUAAUCUCCCGGCGAAGGAAGUGGAGGGCAGCAGUAACGAACCGACAACAAAUCCCGCUGAAACAGCUAGUGAGGAGAGAGCAGAGGAGGAAAAGGAAAAGCCGUUCCUACCGCCCGAGCUGAACCUAGAAAUUCUACUCGCACUGCUAGGUCCUUUAAACGUCGCGCAAGCCGAGAUCAUGGGCUCCGCGCGCCCGUACCUCAUGCUCAACAGCUUGGCCACGCAUCCAGAGCACCAGCGGCGCGGCGCGGCGAAGAUGCUGCUGGACUGGGGGCUAGAGAAGGCGGACGAGGAGGGGUGGGCAUGCUAUUUGGAUACGAGUCAGACGGCGAGGGCGAUGUAUGAGGGAAGGGGGUUUGAGUUGGUGAGGGGCGUGGAGUUUGAUCGGGGAAAGUGGGGUGGGGAGGGUGUGGAUUGGCAUGGGUGUAUGGUUAGGGAGCCGCAGAAGGGGGAGGAGGGGAAUGCGCAGAGUGAUGGGAGGGAUUAGAUAUGCGUUUCGUGAAAGAGAGUUAAAGCUCUUUCCGCAUAUGUACUUUCUUC